ACUCUGUGAAUGGAGCCAACACCUCCCUGCACUCGCGACGAUGACCUAACAGCCGCUGUCUCCUCCGCCGCCAUCGAGCCAGUUGACAAAUCUGAUAACUCAAGAGUCGGAGGCACGCGCCACCCAGUCUACCGGGGUGUUCGUAAGCGGCGUUGGGGAAAAUGGGUGUCGGAAAUCCGAGAGCCGCGCAAGAAAUCGCGAAUAUGGCUGGGGUCAUUUCCGGUGCCGGAGAUGGCAGCCAGGGCAUAUGACGUGGCGGCGUACUGCUUGAAAGGCAGGAAAGCGCAGCUCAAUUUCCCCGACGAGGUCGAGCUGUUGCCGCGGCCGUCCACAUGUGCCGCGAGAGAUAUCCAGGAGGCGGCAGCUAAGGCGGCUCAUGCAAUGAAAGCCUCCAAGAAGAAGAAUAGCAUCAUGUCCGACGGAUACGGAGACGGCGACAGCGGGGGAGAUGAUUUUUGGGGCGAGAUUGAAUUGCCAGAGCUGAUGAACAGCGGGUGUUUCUGGAGCUCUCCGAGUGGGUCAUCGUGGGCUCAAUCCGGCGACAUCACGGCGUGGCCGGAGAUGGAGGUUCCGACGCAGCAGCAACCAUUCAUGGCGUGCUUAUAAUGUGUAUUAAUGGUGUUCAGCGGUUGGUAUGCUCCGUAUAUAUUUGCCAACUGUUCGUGUUCUCAUGAAUAAUAAAUCGUAGUUAUUAUCAUUAUUAUUAUAUCAUGUUCGCUGCACAGCAUAAAUAGUUAAAAUAUUCAAUAGCUGCGCUUGGCCACUAAUUUGUGUGAAUCAGUGAUACAAUUACAAUCGUGUGCUCGCUUCUUACUGUCCAGGGUCCAGUAAAUUGCAAGAAGGGUUUCAAUUUUACAUAAUAUAACUGUGCUCCAGCCCCAUGUAAUUAAAUUGGUUUUAUUUUUUGUAA